AUGAGUGACGAAUAUAAUCAGACGUACGCUGGCCGUGCGACAUCGAGCGCAGGACGACCGUCCCAGGGUCAAAAGCGGCAGUACGAUGCACUGAGAGGGCAGGCGUUGACCGAGGACAACCUCUUUCGACAACAGAAGAGCUAUCGCUCGGGUGACAUCCACUACUCAAAAGACCGCGUUUACGAAGACCAAACUCAAGACUACAACCGGGCGGUGUAUGAGCGGUGCUAUCCCGACGGCGGGGUUGCAGCGAGACUCGACGAGGACGGCCGGCGACGACCUCAACAGCCGCAAGCUCCCUACAUGGCCGAAUAUCUUAGAUCCAGCGUGGAGCUGUAUCGCCCGCCCACCGGUUCGUCGGCGUUGCCGCUCGAGCGAUUCUGCACCCCAGGUGCGGCAGCAGCUCCGUACCCAUUGUUCGAAAGGAUGGCCAUGACGGAGAUGGGGAUCAAGUGCGGUGACAUGGAGUCAGCGUCGAUAAGGCAGUUAGUCGCUGAGGAGUCGGCACGGUCGGCGAUCGGUACGCGAGCUGUUCAGCCAAGCACUUCGUCCAUGAUCGUGGAGCCCGCUUCGACGGUAGGCGCACAGACCUCGUAUGGGAGUCUCAGGGUCGAGCGUCCAGCCGCAGGCGAGCGAGGGUUUGAGUACGCCGGUAAUGUAGAGGAAGAUUUGAGGGUGCACAGAAACCUUAGACAAUGGACACGGGAGCGGCCUGGCCCAUAUGAGCCGCGGUGGGAGAGAUGA